AUGGCCGCCAAGCUGUUCGAACAUCCUUUUGGUCCGCCUGCAGAGCCAGCCGACCGACCGACCGCUGUCGUUCACGGGUCCGCUGGACUGCUUCAAGAAGACGCUGAAGAACGAGGGCUUCCGUGGCCUGUAUGCUCUGACCAACAGGGCCUCUCCGCCCCCGUUGUCGGUGCGGCGAUGGAGAACGCGACCCUGUUCUUCGUGUACAACCGCUGCCAGGCCGGUAUCGUCUCUCUUCGCCCUGAGGCUCAGCGCGAUGCGCCUCUCACGAUUCCCGAACUCGCGCUCUCCGGCGCUGGAGCUGGAGCCGUCACGUCCUACGUCCUCACGCCCAUCGAGCUGAUCAAGUGCCGCAUGCAGGUGCAGCAGAUCAGCCACCCCGCCGGCGACGUAAUUGUGAAGACGGGUCUCGAGGCGCCGGCAUCGCCCGCCUCGCAAGUCGUGCUUCCGGCGAGCAUGACGCAGAGCAAUGCGCCCAAGGGCCCCCUCGCGCUCAUCGCAGACACGGUGCGCCAGAACGGUAUCCGCGGUCUCUGGCUCGGGCAGACGGGCACGCUUCUACGCGAGACGGGCGGCGGCGCAGCGUGGUUCGGCAUGUACGAGCUUCUGGCCAAGUACUUCAUCUCGCGGCGGCAGAAGCGGGCCGCUCCCGACGUGACGAUCACGAAGGCGGACCUCUCGCCAUGGGAGCUCAUGGCUGCCGGCGCCGGCGGCGGGAUCUGCUACAACGUCUCGCUCUUCCCCGCUGACAGCGUCAAGAGCACGAUCCAGACCUACGCCGAGCUGAACCCGAACAAGCCUGUGCCCGGAUUCGUCGAGACGGCGCGCAACAUUUACAAGUCGCGCGGCAUCCGCGGCCUCUACGCCGGCUGCGCGCUUACGUGCAUGCGCUCCGGCCCGAGUUCGGCCAUGAUCUUCGCCCUCUUCGAGACGCUCACGACGCACCUGGGCUGGAUCUUUGAUAAGAAGCCCGCGACGCCGGCAGAGCCAGCCCUCAAGUAG